AAGAAGGAAACCCGCCCAGCUAUAAGUAGAAUGACACAAAGACGGAGCUCCCCUUGGCCGCCGAAGCCUUUGAUCACCUGCUAUUGUCGCCCGGUCCUCGCAUCAACCGGUAACCACAAAGGGCCUCCUCACCUCCACCAUGAUGCCGGAUCGCUCGUGGCCCUGGCUCGGCUUAUAAUAAGAUAGUAACUUCAUCUUCUCCCCUUCUCGAUAGCAUUACGCCAUAGGAUCCAUCAAGAGCCACCAGGUACAAUUCGAAUAAACAACCUGAACUACUUAGCAUAGACAGUAGAGCCAUACCAAACCAGCCCCGCACAACCAUGAACGACUUCACCAGGACCCUCGUCGUCGGGCUCGUCGUGAGCGUCGUCUCCGUCGCCGCGCUCUUCGGCCUGAUAUACUUCGCCGCCACGAACUGGACGAGGCUGCUGCGCCGCCGCGACGGGCCGGACCGCUGGCCGACGCCGUCGAGCGAGAAGCCCGCCUGGCCGGACGCCACCGACAGCACAUUCUCGUCGUCAACCCCCUCGCCGCGAGCGUCCGGGAUGAGCACCGUGCCUAUGGUUAAUGGCAAGCCCAAGGGACCGAACCACCCCGGCGAGCCGGUGACGCCGCCGCCGAUGGCGAGAGCGAGAUCGUAGAGGAAAAGCAGGCAGGACCGUGAAGGAGCCGGGAUCCUUCAAACGACGCCCCUAUCCUCUCUAGCUACUGCGACGCGCAUAUAUGAGUUGCCGCUAUGGACAGCUUCACUCACACACAUACACCUGUAUAUAGGUGUAUACCGGCAUUUGCAUUUUUAGAGGUAGAGAUAUCCCACGGG